UUCUUUGCCGGCUGCAGCGGCUCUUCUAACCCGGAAGUUAUUCCCCUGGAGUGCUUCGUUUCUAUUGAUUCCAUGUGGCUUGGUGGAGAGUAAUAUAGUGGGUGAUCCGCAGCUUUUGCUCCUUUUCUCAAAGGAUGAAGGUGAAGGUGUUGAGCCGGAACCCCGAUGACUAUGUUCGCGAGACCAAACAAGAUCUUCAGCGGGUUCCACGGAAUUAUGAUCCUUCAUUGCAUCCGUUUGAGGUUCCACGAGAAUACACACGUGCUCUAAAUGCAACAAAGUUAGAUCGUGUAUUUGCAAAACCCUUUAUUACAUCAUUAGAUGGUCACAGGGAUGGAGUUAAUUGCAUGGCUAAGCAUCCACAGAGUUUGUCUACAGUUUUGUCUGGAGCAUGUGAUGGAGAGGUUAGAAUUUGGAACCUGAUGAAGCGUGAAUGUGUCCGUGCAUUGCAAGCACACGAAGGGUUUGUGCGAGGAAUGUGUGCCCGUUUUUGUGGUACCUCUUUCUUCACUGUUGGUGAUGAUAAAACUGUGAAGCAAUGGAAAAUGGAGCAGCCAGCUUAUGGGGAAGAAGAAGAACCAAUACAUACAAUUCUUGGAAAGACUGUGUACACUGGAAUUGAUCAUCAUUGGAAGGAACCUGUUUUUGCCACUUGUGGUCAUCAGGUUGAUAUCUGGGAUGAACAGAGAACCAGUCCUAUAUGCUCUUUGACGUGGGGAGUUGAUAGCAUAAGCAGUGUUAAAUUCAAUCCAAUUGAGAUGUAUCUUUUGGGAAGCUGUGCUUCAGACAGGAAUAUUGUGUUAUAUGACAUGAGACAGUCAACUGCACUGAAGAAGGUUAUCUUGGACAUGCGAACAAAUACACUUUGCUGGAAUCCCAUGGAAGCUUUCCUUUUCACUGCAGCAAAUGAGGACUACAACUUAUAUACUUUUGAUAUGCGAUUUCUUGACAAGCCUUUAAUGGUUCAUAUGGAUCAUGUGUCUGCAGUCCUUGAUGUGGAUUACUCCCCUACUGGGAAAGAAUUUGUAUCUGCCAGCUUUGAUAAAUCUAUUCGCAUUUUUCCUGUUGACAAAGGUCACAGCAGAGAGGUCUAUCAUACAAAGCGAAUGCAGCAUGUCAUUACUGUCAAAUGGACAUCUGAUAACAAGUAUAUCUUGUGUGGCUCUGAUGAAAUGAACAUUCGUUUGUGGAAAGCUAAUGCUUCUGAGAAGCUGGGUGUGCUUAAUCCUCGAGAGAAAGCAGCUAUGAACUACAAUCAAAAAUUGAAAGAAAAAUUCCAGCACCAUCCCCAGAUCAAACGUAUAGCUCGCCAUCGUCACUUGCCAAAGGUCAUCUAUAGCCAGGCCAAGGAGUUACACAUCAUGAGAGAAGCUCGUCGGCGAAAGGAACUGAACCGCCAGAAACAUAGCAAACCUGGAUCUGUACCACUUGUAUCAGAGAAGAAGAAACAUAUUGUGGCUGUAGUUAAAUAAUCAUCUGUAGCAUUACCAGUAUUUGUGUGUUUAAUUCUUAAGGACAUGUACAUACUCACACUUUACUUUUUGCAAACUUCUCUUUGUGUGCCAUUGUGAAAUUAUUCAAUAUUCAAUUAAAAUUUGAAAACUGUGUAAAAAGAUUGGAAGAACCCUUAUCCAGAUCUGCUAUUGAUAUACUGGUGACUAACUUUGUGAACUCCAGUGGGUUGAUCAAACUUUACCUGGCUUGAAAAAGGCACACAAGUGCUAUCUUCACUACUGACGUACUAAAGAUGAUGAUGAGCUGCCUCAGUAUGUGACAAAAGGCUCUUCUGUUGCUGUAUAACAGAUUUAAGCAUUCAGGUUGUCAUUUCCGGAAGCAUGUGCAGUGUUUUCAGAUAAUCUGGCAAUCGAAUCUCUCAGGUGUCUGCAUACCAUGUAACAGGGAACAUUGCAUCCUACCAUUUCCUGUAGCUUAUGACUUGUGCUUCCCUUUUCUUCACAUCAAAAUAAUAGGACGUUUUCAGUAUGUGACAUUAAAAUGCAUUUGUGUUGAAUAAAAACAUUUAGCUGCUUAACUAAAA